AUCACGUGGGAGGAGGCCUGUGAGCGUGCGCGUCAUCGCGAGAUGUGUCAACACGAGUGCGAGCACAGCAAGAGGUUGACAGAGUGUGCGAGCGAUAGGCGGUGGAGUGAAGAGUGUGCGGAAUGAAAGAAGAGAAAGAGAACAAGGGGCGCGAGCGGCGCGUGGAGAUCCAGUUCAGAGACAGAGAGGAAGGGGAGAAACGCAAAGAGAAAGAUGAAAAAAAGGAGGUGCUCACUAAGGUGGUGAUUCGGCGUUUACCUCCUACUCUGACCAAAGCUCAGCUCGAGGAACAGCUGCAUCCACUACCAACACAUGACUAUUUUGAAUUUUGUGCUGCUGAUAUAAGCCUGUAUCCCCACUUGUUCUCUAGAGCUUACAUCAAUUUUAAAAAUCCUGAUGAUAUAAUUCUCUUCAGAGACCGAUUUGAUGGAUAUAUCUUCAUUGAUAAUAAAGGUCAGGAAUACCCAGCUGUGGUUGAAUUUGCACCAUUUCAGAAAAUUUCUAAAAGGAAACUGAAAAAGAAGGAUGCAAAAUCUGGGAGCAUUGAGGAAGAUCCUGAAUACAAGAAGUUUUUGGAAAGUUACUGUGCAGACGAGGAGAAAAUUGCAGCCAAUCCAGAGACGCUUUUGGGAGAGAUAGAAGCAAAGACCAGAGAACUGAUUGUGGGUACAGACCAAUUCCUAACACUGGAGAAUGUCUAUAGCCAGGAACUUAAAGGUGUAAGCAGAACUUGGAAGCAGCUGCGUGUCUACAAGAACACAGCCAGGAGAACCACACCACUUCUGGAGUAUAUUAAAAACAAGAAGCUUGAAAAACAGCGAAUCAGAGAGGAGAAAAGAGAAGAGAGGAGGAGGAGGGAACUGGAGAAAAAACGUUUGAGAGAGGAAGAAAAAAGAAAACGUAGAGAGGAAGAAAGGCGUAAAAGGAAAGAAGCAGAAAAACAGAAAAAAAUAGCAGAGAAGGAAAGAAAAGAAGAAAUAAAAAUUAAGCUAUUAAAAAAGGCUGAUAAAGAGGAGGAACAAGACUCCGACAAACGGAAGGAAAAAACUGAGGAUGGUGACACUGGAAAAGGAAAAUGGGAAAAAUCGUGUUGCCCAGGCAACCUACAAGGAAAACGGCCAGAGAUUUCGCAGAAGGAUGUCAAAGAUAAACAGCCAAACGAUAGUGAUAGAGAACGUAGGGAGAGGGAACGGGAAAGAAGAUUAAGGGAAAAAGAACGAGAACGAGAGCGACAGAGGCGGCGUGAGGAUGAGCGCAGAAAGCAAAAAGAGCGUUAUGAAGUAGAGAGGGCUAUGAGAACAAAAGAAGAAGAAACAAAAAGAGGGAAAGACCAUGGACAGGAAAGAGAAAAGAAGGGAGACAGCCUGAGCUACAUGUUCAGUACUGAGAAAAUAGAAAAACUGGGUAAAGAAGACAAAAAUGAUGACAUGGGAUCUAAAAGGGAGCGGAUAAGGAAUAAGGACCGUCCUGCUAUGCAGUUGUAUCAACCUGGAGCACGCUGCCGAACUCGUCUAGGAUCUGGUGGGAAAGCAUUUGACUAUUGCAGCAAAUCCUCCGAAGACAGCACUGAGAGAAAGUAUGAAGAUGAUAGUUCUGUUGGAGCUGGUUCUGAGAAGAGCUGUGAAGAAUGAAAAAGCACUAAUUGUGAUGAUCGCUUGAGCAGAACACUGUUAUUACAGCAUGAAGACAGAUUACUGCACCAAGCAUCACAAUGUAUAAAGGUCAUCUCAGUGCUGAUUGAAUUAUCUGGUAUUAUUAAUAAAAGUACUGUAAUUUAUUGUUAACAAUUUGUCAACUAUAGUUCACCUAGAUUAGCAAUGUAGAUGAAAGAUUGGCUUUAUUUAAGUGGAAUAUCAUAAAGCAAACUAACUUCAACUUUGCACCACUUAUGUGAAGCAGUAUUCAAAUUUGCUGAUGGUAGUAGUUGUGAAUUAUAGCACUAGUUAUUUAGGAUGGCUUUGUUAGACAGGUUACAGAAUGUAUACUAAGAAUUGGACUCUGGUGGAAUGUUAGCUUAUAGAUUAUCCUGGUAACAGCAGGAAUUUACUGAAGUUGCACAUAUGAUUCAGGUGUCCAUUCUUCCGAACUAAAUAUGGAACGAUGCAUCUACUUAAGCAAAUUUAUGACAGUUUCUCAAUACUUGUGACAUAUGAGAACACAAAGGGUGGGGUUAUAUUGUUUUCCUAUUGAUAUGAAAUGACUUUUGGUGUAUAUUGAUGCAACAGUAGUAAUACAACUCUGGCAUCAGAUCUUGAUCUGACUCUGGAACAUACUGAGACGCCAGUCUGUACUGACGUAAACACAUUUGCUGAAUUAUACCUUCCUCCUAGUAUAAAUUAGCAUUUAAAACUACAUGGGUAGUCCAAAACAUCACCAUUUGUCUAAGCACAAAUACCUACUACUACUUUGUGACUGACCUCAAAAUAGCCCACAGGGACACAUUUUUAGCAAUAUAAACUACACUUUAAUUUCACAUACGCCAAUGUGAGAUCAACAACUGAAAUUUUACUUCAGCCUAAGAUUCACAAUCAGUUUUAAGCCUUUGGAAAGAGAUUGUUGUUGAAGAUGGAAAAAUGUUUGAACUGGCAGAUUAUUUGAAUUUCAUGAUUCUCUUGUGGUGCAAAUAUGGAAAGACAUACACAAGCACAAGUUCCAUCUUUGGUACAAGCAGGUAUUUUGAAGUACCUUUUCCAACAUGACUGUGAAACAAUAGUAACUUUAGAACUCUGUUCGGAUAAGAUUACAUUUAAUUGCUCAGCAUUCAUCUUUAGCACUACUGAAAUGCCAUCACAGUUCACCUUGUUGCUGCUUUUAUGCAAUGUCUGGAAUGCUUAGAUUUCAUUUGGCAAUAUAGAGUUUGUAUUAUCAAAUAAGAAAUUUGAAAGUUUGUUGGAAUUCUGUUUUCAAUAUCACCCAACUUGUAUUCAUGUUCUAUUGUUUCAUCAGCAACAAUGGCAAUACAGUCAAACAUAGUGUUGUUUAUUAGUAAAUUCCUAACUGAACGACUGAAUUGCACUGCUGUUUUAUGGUGUAAAUAUGUCAGAUGUAAAUUAUUUGAUCCAUUAUGGACAGUAAUUUAUUGUUUGAUUCUCGACUUAGAUGUAUCUGUGAAAUAAUUAAAUAAUCCAAUUAAAUGGUACCUUCUUCCAGAAACGUUU